CUAGUAUUUAGCCUUUGCUCCUGAAAAACGACUUGAUUAUUCGACCGUACCCUUGCGAGACAGUUCAAAGUCAUUUUAUAUUCUCUACGUAAUAAGUAUAUCAGCUACAUGCCAACUCGUUUUAAAUCUUACGAUCAACGAAAGGAAUCAGGCGGCAUCAGUAUGAGUUCAGGAUUUUCAUCUAAAGUUCCCGAUUGCGUGGUAAAGGAUUGCUACGAGUAUGAAGGCGUCAUUAUGCCCAACAUCAUGCGCAAGGAUGUGAUAGAUCGUGUCAGGGAGUUUGAGUGUCGACCCGAUGAUCUCUUCAUAGUAACCUAUCCCAAGUCAGGUACGACGUGGGUAGAGCAUCUGUGUAUGUUGAUAGAACAUGACGGAGAUGCCAGUCAGCAAGAAGGCGCCCAUCUUAUGAUGAAGGUCCCGUUUCUUGAGUUUUUGCAAGACAUGCUCAACAUUGCCACAUCACCAACAUUUAUUGAUUUAGCCGAGAAGAUGCCGUCUCCUAGGAUACUCAAAUCUCACUGUCAACCGCCAUUCCUACCCCCGGGUAUCCGAACUGAUGAUCCGAAAGCAAAGGUAAAGAUAAAUUAAAUAAACAAAAAAUAUAGGGCGGGCCGUCACUCUCUCUGCCCUCCGUAGGUACCACCCGUCUUAAACUCGAAUAGUUUGUAACCUUGAUUACCAAGGGGUGUGUUUUCUUUCAGUUGACGCACGGAGUAUCCGAGAAACUAACAUUUUGGAACCGGAACGCAACAUAACCGAGAAUAAUUAGAGGUCGUCACAUAGGCCAUUAUGUGCUGACCGAGUGGUAAUAUUUUGCUUGGUAGAACGGAUUCACAGCGAACAACUUCAUGCAGCUUCCCUUUUCUUUGAAGUAUACUCUGUUUGUGUACCUGUCUGUCUGUCUGUCUGUCUCUCUCUCUCUCUAUUUAUAUAUACUGUUACGAUACUGCAACAAAUAACAAUGAAAAUUUAAUUUUAAAUUUAAUUUCCUUUUCUUUUAUUACAGGACAUAGAUCAAUCAUACACUUAACAAACCAAAAGCAAACAUCUAAUAUGUCUUGAAGAGUUAGAUGUGCAAUGCAAAGUUAUGAUACUCCUGUAUUAAAUCCAGAUAAAAUCCUAGUUGGUUGGCGAAGAUUCCUUAAAUUAAAGUUCACAAUGAUGACGAUGAUGAAAUUGAUGUUGAAGCACAAUGAAUAACAAAAGUCACUAUAACGAGUUGAAAUGUCUGUGAAGACGAUGUUGAUGAUGAUUAACAGUCAAUUUCAGCAAUCCAUGGGAUAAAAAGCGUUCAUUAAAACAGGUUGAUGAUCUCGAUGAGAACUGACAAUUCCUCUCUCAAAGUAAACUGCAAACAGUUCAUUGAUGGCGUGCAAAUAAUUCCACAGAAGAUAAAUGUUGUAUUCCAGUUGGAAAUAAACUGCGCUCUGACAUAAAGUCUGGUGUGAAACUCUGAAUUAUGAUCUCAUAUGAUGAAGUAACUGCCAGCUUAUAUAUAUGAAUUUCCACUAUUCUGGAAACUUCUAGUAUUGUCUUUAAAAAGAACAUUCUCCUUCCUUCUAGAGCAGUUCAAUUCUAGAAGACUCUUGAAUGACCUCAUGAAAUUAACAAUGUAAAAAAAUAGCUAAUCCUAUUGUGAUUUUUUUACAUUCCAGAAAUAACAAAAAAUACUCCGUCUCAUUAAAUAGGCAUGCCUAACAAAGCUUUGAUGAGACAUUCUGGAAUAUUAUAAAUCAUUA